UUACCCUUCAUUUCAAAUUCACAAUACUCUCACAGAUUUCCUGACCUUAUUUAAGUCAUUUAUCCGGACAUCUUUGAAAGAUUUAUGAAAUAAUUGACACAAAAGGCUUUAUACAGUGAUAAAAUAUAAAACUUUUGUUUUAUUUAGAAGCAAAUAUAUCUGCAAUGUACAACUGGACCACAAUGCUUUUGGAAGCAUUCAUUGCCUUUAUCUGUUUCUGCACCAGGAUGUCGGAAGGAACCUAUGUAACUCAGCCAGCUGUGAUAGUCGCUAGCAGGCAUGGAGAGGCCACACUGACAUGUAACUAUAGCGGUUUUGGAGAAAUGGAAGAGAUACGUUUCAGCCUCCUGAAGAAAACAGACAAACAUGCAUUGGAGAUUUGCGUUUUUUCUUUUAACACUAUGUAUGAACCAGCUGCUAUUGUAGACAGCAUCACAUGUCUAGGCAUACCCAGUACACACAAUGUAACCUUUAACAUCUCAGGCCUACAAGAAAAGGAUACAGGGCUGUACAUCUGUAAGAUGGAAGUCAUGUAUCCUCCUCCUUAUCGGGCUAGUGAAGGGAAUGCAACCUUUGUUUACAUCAGUGAUUUGACAUACCAAUGUGCACAAUCCAUGGAGCCAGGAGAAUCCGACAUGUACAACUGGGUGUUACUCACAGUCUUUGUGGUUUUGUUGUUGUAUAGUUUCAUUGUCACAAGCAUCCUUCUCUGUAAGAAAAGAAAAAGAAGAUGGGAUAGUGGACAUUUUGAGCAAAUGCUUCAAUCUCAUUACAAGAAUUAUCAUCCUUAUUAUGUUCAAUUCUGAAUUUUAAAGUAGGUUGGAAACCUCGGUUUUACUGUGUGAAACAGCAUCAAUUUUAGCAGUAUCUAGUUAUAUUAUGUUCUUAUGUGGAACAAUUGCUAUAUUAUAGAUCAUUUUGGGCAUCUUAUUGUAAGGCAGAUUUUUGCCUAAAUUCACCUAUAAACCAUGUUGGAUACUUUUUGGGUGUUGAUCAUCAGAAACAAAAGCACUUAUAGCACAGACACAUGGGUGUCUGUGUAAAUAUGUCACAGGGAUCAUAAUUAAUAUGGCCACUUAAAUAGCAAGAUACUUGAA